AUGGCCCUGAUUGAGCGACAGUUGGAACAGAUUCCCUCAGUGUCGAGCAUUGGACUUCACAAUCCCGGCUCAAGCAGCUCAUUUGGCCUCGUCCGCGUCGAGUCAGCUUCAGCGGCAUAUGCUGUCCGCCACAGCAUAUACUCGAACAUAAGGCCCCGCGGAUCCAUCAAACUUAAGGAACGACAUCGAGCCGUGCGAUUUCAGGAAGAACCUGCUCCAAAUAUCAUCCACGAAACCAUGGCCCCCAUAUAUCUCCACCCCAGAUCCUACGCCCCGUCCAUCAUCCGCCGCUCAGCAGCCAACUACCUCGACUGGCCCUUAUGGGCGCAGAUCCUGCUUCCAGUCCUCGCAGUCACCCUCUGGGUUCCUGCAUACUUUGUCGUCGAACUCGUCAAGGACUUCUCCUGCUUUCGUUCAAGGGAAGACUAA